GCUCGUGCCGCCGUCCCGAGCGCUGCGCAUGUGGGACUGGCUGCUCCAGAGGGGUCCCGAGUAUUUGGCCCAGGGCGUCGUCAACUACGCGGCGCGCUGCCCUGCCAUCCCCGCCUGCCCGCAGGCGACGUGUCCGUCCUGCCCAGGGCUGACCUGCAGGGACUGUGUGGUGCCGGCGUGCCCGGCGUGCCCAGCUUGCCGACCGUUCACGGUGCCGGCAGGGGCUGCCGCCUUCGCCGAGGCGGCUGGCGCUCGCGAGGAGGCCGCGGGCUGCGCCAAGCCUGGGCUGGGCUACCUCGCGUACCUGAUCUUCCUCCUCGGCGUCGUGGUGGGCAGCGUCCUGGCGACUGGAGGGCUUGCCGUUGGCGGGCUGUUGCGCCGGCUGUGCCGCAGGCCCGUGAAGGACGCGAUCAGCCAGCCGCUCUGGCACCAGCGCCGGGUGCACGGGGUGGUGGCACACUCGGGUGGUAAGACCUACGUGGCCGCCACCGCCGACGCCCAUGUCUACCCGGAGGACUGGUCGCCGACCUCGGAGGACGUGCUGGCAGUGCGCUGGCGCAGCGAGUAUCGUGAGCUGCCUGCCGGGGUGGCCAGGGAUCGGGUGUACCGCUUCCGGCGGGAGCCGACGGCCGCGCGGGACGCCGCCUUCCGGCAGGCUGCCGAGGACGAGGCUGAGGCGGAGGGUCGGCGCCUGCUGGCAGCGGCGGGCGGCGCGGCGCCGCCGGCGGGCUUCGUGUGGCUGUUGCCGAUCGACGCCGCGGGCCGGCUAGUGGGCGGUGCCGGCGGGGCUGGGGCCAUCGUGCCUGCAGGCGCCGGCGCUCCGGGCGCUCCACCUGCGCCGGGAGUGGCCGAGCCUGCCGCAGCCGGCGCCGCCGGUGCCCCCGCGGCGGCGGCCGCGCCCCCGCCCCUGCUGGUGGGGCCCCUGCAGGGCGUCGCGCCGGCAGCGCCUGCAGCAGGCGUCGGCACCGCUUGGAGGGCGGCUGAGAGCGGGGGCGGCUUCCGAUUUGGUGACCCUGUCCCUGGCCACGUGCGGAGCGCCCAGGCAAUCGGCUCGAAGGAUUUCCACCUCUUGCCGGACGGGACCGCCCUGUUCGUCGAAGAGGUGACGGCCGCGACUGAGGUCGCCUUCCUCGACAAGGGGGUGUUCGGCGACGCUCGCAUCAUGGCAGUGCGACGCAACCGCCAGGGGCGGCGCGAGCGCACCUGGGCGGAGAUGGUCGCGGCCGUGGUGCAGGAGGAGUUCACCAACGACUGGGACUUGCCCGGGCCAAGGUCCGUGCUGUGGUGCCUGGAGUUCAUCAACCACGAGGGGCUCGGGCUCGACGGGCACCACGAGAGGUUCCGCGUUCUUUGCAAGCUGGAGUUCUCGAGUUGGGGCGUGUCCGAGCAUUGCAAUAUCACGCAGGCCUUGAAGUUCGGCCUGCUUCACGACCAGGUGGACGGCACCAAUCUGAUGAUGGUGGAGUCCAUGUUUCGCCGACUUCAAACGAUCGAGUUCGCGCACUCCGAGCGGGCUCGCGAGCAGGAGGCCAAGGGCUACGGGGGGGAGCUCAGCCUCGAGGAGCAGAUGGCCUUUGCGGGCACCGCCCGCGCAGGCGGCUCCCUGAUGAUCUGCCCCCUUUUGCUGGAUUACGUGCGGGGCGAGGUCGAGCGCGAGGCCUCGCUUGCCAAGAACUUGCGCAAGGCCCGAGAGGAGCGGGAGGCUGCCCGGGCCAAGGAUAAGACCAAGAAGGACGCCGGGCCGGCGCGCUGGAUCGUGUCCGACGCGCCGUGCGCGACCUCGGCCCUCCACCUGCGGGGGCCUCCCCCGCUGAAGCUCUCAGGAAGCUUCGCGUGGCGAGCUGGUGCGACGUGGAUAGUCGAGGCAGCUGGCUCGGACCCCAAGUUUAGGAUCACCGACAAGACGUGCGCUCCAGACCUCAGCCAGCCGUGCCACACGCAGUAUGUGGACAACUACAUUGCGAUCUCGACCAACCGGGACAACUGGCGGAAGAAGGGCGAGAGCAUCCCGGUCCUGGAGGCCCGCGCUACCCUGUGCGGCUACAGCGCGGUGGCGCUGGUGCAGGCGCUGCCGACGGGACUGCUGGCACGCGGAUCCCAGGCGGAUGGGGCCGCUCCGCUGGCGCUGGGCAGGCCGCCGCGCAUGGCGUCGGCGCCGACCUCGAGCCGGCCUACGUCGUCAGCAUGUCUCCGAGUGCCGGCGGUGCGCCAGCAGCGUCUCGUGCGGCGACGGCCGGCCGCCUCAGCUGCCCCCCCGGGCUCGGUUGGGCCCAAGCGCCGCAAGGUGAGCCAGCGAGCCUCGCGGGCUGCGGCUCGGCGGUCCACAGCAGCGCGGCUGCCGGGCAUGACGGUGCUGGAGGCGGCGUCCAUCAAGCCGAGGACGCGGGACCGUUACCAGGAGAUCUUCGCCGACUUCCUGGCGUGGGCGAACGGCCGUCGUCUGACGACCGAGGACCUUGUGGACCAGGCGAUCGCGGAGUGGCUGGACGACCUCUACCUGGGCGGCGAGGACCUGAGUGCGGGGUCCUGGGCGUAUGCGGCGGUGACCUUCUUCACCGGCCUGAACAAAGCGUCGGGCGCGCUGAUGCCUCGGUCGCGCCGCGCCCUCCAGGGCUCUCGCAAGCUCGCACCACCACGAUCUCGAUUGCCGAUGCCCUACAUGGUAGUGGCGAUGGUGGUGAUGGAGCUCCUGGCCCGACAGCGUUACCAGAGUGCGCUCGCCGUCCUUCUCAUCUUCGAGCUGUACCUGAGGCCCGGAGAGGCGUUCCACAUCAGGGCGGUGGACCUCGUCCCGCCCGUGGCCAGGGUCAGCGGAGCGUCCCACUGGUGCGUGACUCUCCAUGCUGCCGAGACCGAGAGGGAGUCCAAGACCGGCGAGUUCGACGAGAGCCUCUCUCUGGAUCUCAGCCGGCAGUCCUUCAUCGGGCCCGCGCUCGACCUGAUGCUGAAGCACCAGCUGGGCGCAGACUGGCGGCGCGCAGAGCAGAGGCACGUCGGCUCCGGCCUGCACCUGGCAGCGCCGCUGUUCACCGUGUCGCUCGACGAGGUGACGAGGGACUUCAAGGGGGCCGUCGAGACGCUGGGGGUGGACACCGCGCUGGGCGCCGCCCACAUGUACAUGCUGCGGCACGGCGGCGCCUCGCACGACUACGCCUCGGGCUGCCGCCGCUUGGAGGACGUGCGCCGGCGCGGGCGCUUGCGUUCGUGGUCCUCGGUCCGGCGCUACGAGAAGGGGGGCAGGUUGGGUCAGGUCGUUCACAAGCUCGGGCCGGUGCUUCAGGCCCACGGCAAACUUUGCGUCGAGCUGCUGAGCGAGCGUGUCUUCGUCGAAGUCUUCUCGGGCAGCGGCCACCUCUCGGAAGCGAUCUCGAGGGUAGGUGUCACCGCCCUGCUGUGGGACAUUAGCCUCGGCGAGACGUACGACCUUAG